AUGCCAGACAUCACUCUGUACUUUCUGCAAGCUUCUCGUUGCAUCCGCACAGCCUGGCAACUCGAAGAACUCGGCCUCGACUACAAGGUCGAAUUCACAGAACGCGAAAAUGGAAAAGCUCCUCAACACUUCAAGGACAACUCUGGCGACGCAUUGGGAAAGUUUCCUUUGCUCAAAGAUAGAGACUUGACAGUAGCGGAAAGCGAUUCAGCCACACGCGUGCAGUGUCUUCGCUGGCUCCAUGCAUCGGAAGCCACGUAUGCGCUGCACGCGCUGGCCAUCCUCUACACCCGCUGGUUCGGCGCCGACAACCCAGCCGCAGCCGAGAAGAUCGAGGAAGGCAUGGCAGUAAACGUGUGUAAAGACAUGGACUUCCUGGAAGCACAUUUGAGCAAGAGCAACGGAAAGUUUCUGGUUGGAGAUAGUGUUACAGUGGCUGAUUGCAUGAUGCACUUCUCGGCUCAAUUCAUCCUGACAAGGCAAUUGGGGACGAAGGGGAAGAAGUGGGAGAGGAUUGAGAAGUGGAUCGCCGACUGCGAGAACACGGAGAGCUACAAGCGUGCAGUCCAAAAGACAGGCCACAAGCUGUAG